CAGUCGCAUACAGUGGCGAGGCGCUGUACGCAACAGUCCACACACACACACACGGUAGUUCAUUCGGCUAGCGCGCGCGAAGUUUGUUCUGUCCCUAUCCCUUGUGCUUUUAUUUCGGUUCUAUUCUGUCGCCGCUACAGCAAAUCUAAAAUUAGUAAUAGAGUAGAGUGGUUUUAGUUCGUGUGCAGGAAACACCACGUGUCGGCGAUUUUUUAUGUCCACACCGGCUUACAUAUGCGAGAUCGUAAGAGCACCUUCACCAAGGAAUACAUAAACAACAUUUUCAACCCCUUGACUAGACCCACCAGACCGACGUCGAGGCCUGAUAUCCACAACUCCGCGCGUGUUGCCGAGGAGCCGCGCGUUACUCUGUCAGAUCCCUCUGAAGAACAAACUCCCAAGAUGUUAAUGCCAGGUACAGGAAUAACAGCCUCCACGGAGACUGAUGGCCUGGUCGGGGGCCUAGGAGGCCUAGGGGUGCUAGGAGCCACUGGCACCCUUAACGGCAACGGUGUUCAAAACAAAGACACGACGUGGACCAAACUUUUCGUUGGAGGACUACCCUACCACACUAGCGAUAAAUCACUUAGAGAUCAUUUUGCUGUUUACGGGGAAAUUGAAGAGGCUGUGGUUAUUACUGAUAGACAAACUGGAAAAAGUAGAGGAUAUGGAUUUGUGAUAAUGGGCGACAGGGCUUCAGCAGAAAGGGCAUGUAAAGAACCUAACCCCAUCAUAGACGGAAGAAAAGCAAAUGUAAAUUUAGCAAUAUUAGGAGCCAAACCAAGGGGAAAUGUGCCAGCUGAUUUUACCAAUCUUGUUGCAGGUUUUCCAUUCUCAAGCGUACGCGCAGGGGCGUACCAGACCCUCCUCCCCAGCCAGUACGGAGUUCCACCAGGCUACGUCUACCCAUCACCCUAUCUGGCAGCUACCGCACCCGGCAGUUUAGUUCCUCUACAGGCUACGCAACUGACGCAUGCUGCAGCCGUGGCAGCAGCGGCUACCUCGCAGUUCUACGAGUACCAGAAUGCUGCAGCAGUAGCAGCAGCUGCGGCUGCCCCCUACACCGGCCAGUACACAAACGGAUUUGAUGCUUAUACUCCUUACACUGGAGCAGCAGGUGCUGCCAGCUAUAUGCCUUACACGUACGCUGCUCUGCCUCAGACGCCUGGACUGCCCACAGCAACGGCCGGGGCUUUUCCAGGAAUCCCGUACCAGACUGCAGCUCAAGCUCAGUCCCUGCAGGAAGCUAGACUACAGUAAUGAAGGUGUUGCAUCCAAUAAUGCCGCAGUUACUAUAAUAGCAACUUUAGUUACUUAAUAUAUUCAGUGAGAAAAAAAUUACUUAAUGAGGAUUGAUAUCAAAAUUCAAAAUUUUAAAAACCACUUUGCAUCAUUAACCUAGAUUGACGUUAUAAAAAUUCUUUAUUCUUAUGUUUUAUAAGAAGAAAAUUUUAUUUUUUGAUAUUUAUGUAGAUCUGUUAAAGACUGUACCAAGACUCAUGACAAUGGGUAUGUGGUGCAAUUAUUUAAACCUAAUUUAUUUUGUAGAAAAGUAAUUCCAGAUUUUAGUUAUGAGUUAUAACCAAGCAGAAUCACACAACGGUUAUUUAAAGGUACUAGACUAAAAUGUAUCAUUAUUCACGGUAGUAUAGAAAAAAAUUUUAAUCCCACAUAAAAACCACCCGCAACAUUUUUCCAGAAUAUCAAAAGUCGGUGAUUCAGUAAUCAUCUCUGAUCAAAAUCAAAAUCGUAUCUUGGCAGUUUCUCGAAAAAACUGUGAUUUUAUAUAAUUCGUACAUAUUUAUGUAUAAUUUCACCUUUGACCUUUUAAUACCUACAAUAAACACACUGCAAUAACAAUAUAAUCAAUAAUAAUAAUUACUUUCAUUUCAAUAAAUUUCAUUGUUAAAAGAAACAAUUUUAAAAUUUUUAAUUAUUUUAAUUAUAAUAAAUAUUAAAAAUAAAUAUUUUAAAUGUUUUUUUAUAAAAAAAAUUAAUGAAAAAUCCUUUAUAAAAAACCCUGAAAGGGCCACAUCUAUCACAGAACAUUUACGAUCUAAGUAGAUCAUCAUCAGUGCUGUUACCUAAAAUAUUAUGGGUGGGUUUCAUGUGGGAUUAACAUUUUUUCUAUACUACCGUGUAUUUAUGGUUGUCCAUUUCUGUAGUGAAGAGAUCUGUAGUGUUAUUCUACUUGAUUAUAAUGUUUUAAAAUAUGUAACAAUGCUCAAAAAUAACUGACUUUCAAAAUUGCUACUCUUUUGCAGAAUAGUUGAUGUUGGAACUGCAAAAAAAGUGCAAUAAUGAAUUUAAAAUUUAAGUAGACUUAUUUCUUUUAGUCUUGAAAAUACAGGGUGACACAUGACUCAUGAUUCAUAUAUUUAGUGCUUUCAAAUUAUAAAUAAUCGGGUAGUCAAAUUUAUACAGAAUACACAAACAUGAGGCCCACAAUAGCAAAAGAUUAAUCCAUUAGGAAUGCUAUUAUGACUUAAAUCUGUACUUAAAAGAUAAAGAUAGUACUUGUUUUGACAAGACCAUCUCUAAUUAUUUUUAAAGCUAUUAACUUCAAACUGAUUCUGGAAUGUAAAAGUGCCCUUAGUGCUGGUGCGUUGAAUAAUAAGGUCAAAUUCAUAUUAUGGGUAUUAGGAAAUACAGAGGAAUGAGCCAGUCGAUGUCCUUAGUUCAUCUACUCUUUCUCUGGCACUCAACCCUCCAGUCUCAAGGAGCUGUUAUAACGAAACUUACAGGGCUCUUGGACUAGUGGUGGAAGGAUAAUACUGCAGCAGUGCAUUUCAAACUUAAUUGCUUAUACUUUACCGUAGAACAUGCUUUUUGGUACUCACUGUGCACACUGACUACUGUAGAUUUAGACAGAAUCUACAUCUACUCAGACUGAUAGAUAACCCAUAUAUAGAUAGAUAUACCAUCUCUAAUUAUUUUAAAGCUAUGCAAUCCUAAAGCAGUUAGCUUCAAACUGAUUCUGGAAUGCAAACGUGCCUUUAGUGCUGGUGCGUUGAAUAACAAGGUCAAAUUUAUAUGGGUAUGAGAAAAUACAGAGGAAUGAGCAGGUCGAUGUCCUUAGUUCAUCUAUUCUCAACCCUUAAGUCUCAAGAAGCUGUUCUAACGAAGGUUCCAGGACUCUUGGACUAGUGGUGAAAGGAUAAUACUGCAGCCGUACAUGCCCAGAACUUUGCCAACUUAACUCCUCAUUUUUAAUCAUAGAAGAUGCUUUUUGUAGUCAGUAUGCUUCACUGGCUACUGUAGAUUUACACAGAAACUACAUCUACACAGGCUAGCAGUUAACCCAAGAUUCCGUCUACAUGACCACCAGGAGGUCUCCUGUCAUGUUCUUUGUAGAUGCCCAAUAAUGGCAUACUAAAUGAUACAAGACCUUGAUUUAGCAUUCAGCUAUCCAAGCCAAGUAAAGGAGAUACCAUUAAGAAGGCUUGUGGCGUCCUGUGACGCUACGAGUCUAUUAAAAUGGACCUAGACACCUUGGAUAAUGUGAAUUGGCUCAGACUCUAGGCCUGAUCCUAGUAAACAAUAGGUCUUGCGAAAAUAAAUUUUCUUCUCUCAAAAGAAAAACUUCCUUGUUUUACUAUGUUGAGUUUUUGGUGAUGAAAUUGGACGACCACCAUUUUUUUAUGAAUCAUUGUCACUUAUAACAUUCUGAAGAUUUCAACGUUUACGGGAAGGUUGGAUAGAUAUUUUACGUUUUACAUACUCCACAACAGUACUAGAUGCAAUUUUGAUGUUGACCUACUAGAUCAUUGAAGAUAUAAAUCCAAGAUUUUCUAUAUUUCUAUCAAUUUAAUCGGUUAUUCUUGUCUUAUUAAUGGUACUUUUUGUCAAUCUUGUUACAUAUUCAGCCUUACAAAAUUCCCCUGUUUACCAUAACCAUAACAACCAUAACAAGCUUCUGCAUUAUUACCAUGUAAAUGUAUUUGUGAGCAACGGUGUAACCAGCAUAAUCCUAAGGGGUGGGGGUUACAACUACUGGACGAUCUCUGGCGGGUAAGGAAUUGAGUGGGGUGUUAAGCGUAUAGAGCUCAAAUUACAUCCCAAUGCGAGGGGUUAUAACUCCCAAAACUCCUCUGGUUACGCUGCUGUUUGUGAGUGGGUUCAUGUUGCUGUGAUUCAGAAAACUAUUUAAAAAAAAAUUGAUUUUUAAUGCUGUUAUUUCAAGUUUAUGGUCAGUAUUUUUUGUAGAGACAAUAGAAUCGAGUCAGUGGUCCUCAGUAUAUAGGUUCUAGUCGUAUUAAAGUAGUCCGUAAAAAAUUAUAUUUAUAUUAGAUAUGUAAACAAUACAAAAAAUACGAUUCUUCUGUGCUGCUAAAGUAGGACAGAUGUUAUUUUUUGUAGAGAUUGACAAUAUCCUUCAAACGGACAAUCUUUCUAUAUUUAUGUAUGCAAUCAUCAUGAAUAAAUGUAACAUACAAGAUAUAUUCAGUGCGAUUCAAAGACAUUUUAAGAAAUAUUUGCUUACCUAUAUUCAGCCUAGAUUCAAUAGAGUGUUCGUACCAAUCAACAGGUAGAGAGCGCUAUUUUUCGGCGGAAAACAAAUAAAGGGAUAAGAAUUUGAGUUUACAGCGUUCUCUUAUAGCGAUAGAAACGUAUAAAUUUACAUUAUAUCGAUUGUUUCCCACCUUUAGACGUAUCAGAGGAGUAUGUCAACUAAAAUUGUCACUGUGACAGUGUUAGUUGACAAACUCGUCCGAUAGGUACGUCUAGAGGUGGGAAACAAUCAAUAUAAUGUAAAUUUAUAUGUUUCUAUCGCUAAAUUUCCCUACUCUACUAGUUUGAUUUCUAUUUAUCUCACAACUUAAUAUGUUUUCUAUCCUUUGCGCUAUUUUGUUUUAUAUUACAAAAACGAUAUCUUAUCUAAUUAUGAUUUAAAAAUAUAAUCGUAUAAAUAAAAAAUGAUUAUUUUCCGGAGAUUAUCUUACUUUAAACUAAAAAAACCACUCUCACAAAAUUUCAUGUAAAUAUCACGGGAAACAAGUGAAAUUACAAACUUUGUUUACAUUUUUUUGCCCCCUUAUUUGUUUACAUUUUUCCGAAUUCUAUAUCUGGUUUAUUAUUACUACAAAUCACCACCUUAACAAUGAUUUAGUCAAAUAAAGUAGUUGUUUCCUGAUUAGAAAAAUUUUAAAAAACCUAUCAAGUCAUGAUCAACUAUAAGUUUUUGGCUAAUGUUGACAAAAUAAAAUCUUUUCAAAUUCAAACCAAUUUUUAAGUCCUAUGUAGUUUGUGACUAUGUCUAUGUGAAAAGUAUGUUACAUUUAUGAGAAGUUGCGAUAGAUUAGAUAUUACUUGAAGCAUUAUUUUGUAAAAUAAAUACUGUAUACUAUAAUUAGGUUCAUAACAUUGUGACGUAUAUACUAUUUUCAUGAUAAAGCAAAAUAUGAAAAACAGAUAUGAUAAUAAUAUUAUAUUGCAUUCGUCAAUGCAAGGAAUCUCAAUAUAAAAAACAAAAAUACAACAUAAAUUGAACUAGGACAAAAUAGCCAGUCUCUAAAACAUUACUACUACAAUUGUGCCAAUAAAUUCUUAUCAUCAGUAGCAUCAAACAGCUAAAGAGUCAUAAUAUGCAGCUUUGAAAUUCACAUAUUUGUGAUCGGUUCACUGUAAACAUUUAGUCAGUCAAAAAUAAUGUAUUUUCAAUUAUAAUUGCGGGUUGAUCCUAUUAAUUAAAGUAAAUAUUAUAUCUAGAAUAGAUAGAUAAAGUUAUUCAAUUGGUGCUAUUUAACAUUACAUUUGCUUCACAUGUAUAAACAAAGAAAGAGCCAGAUCGACAAGGUAUUCCUGCAUGUCAAAAGACUGAUCCAAGUGACAUCCUAGAUCAUCUGUCCUAUAUAACCUUUUAUCAUAACUAUUGCUAAACCUCAAAUUAAUCUUUAUACUUCAAUUUUAUAUAUUUUUGGACUAGUAGCCCACGAUUUAGGAAUACGUGAAUACGUGACAAAGACCAAAGAUAAUUAUUUCUUAAAAAUAGAUUUACGUACUACCCAAAGUCUUUAACUAAUUAAAAAUUCAUGAAAAUAGUAUAUACAAAUAUAUAUGUGUAUCUAAGGAGACAAAUAUGUUAGUAGAGUAAACAAUUCCUGAUAAAAUCCUGAAUUUGAACUGAAGACAACCCACAAUAUGUCCUGUGAAUGAAUCAAAAUAAUUUUCAUUCCUUAUAUAUAGAGGUUUUGUAAGUUUGCACUGCCUCGGCCAUAUAUUAAAAGGUCAAUACCGUCAAAUGCCUUUUCGGAUUCUUUGGAUCUUAUGGUUAAUGAAAAAUUAACAAUAAUUUAGUUAAUAUAAGUAGCUGUUGUAUAUCUUCAAAGAUGUGAAUACAUUCGUGACAAAACAUCUCGUAACGCGACAGAUCGUAACUCCACAAACGGUAACGGACACUUCGUAACGGCGACAGGUCGUAACUAUACGUAUUCGUAACGAUAUAGUUCGUAACGUCAAAAUUGAAUUAUUCUCUUUAUUUUUGUUAACGUUGAAACCAACUUUCAUUACAGUUAAAAUAUUGACAUUACGUUUAUCAAUUUACCGAGCCAGGACCAGAAUAAUAAUUUUUAACACAUUUUGUAUUUCGUAAAGAAAUAUAUUUUUAAAAUUAUCUCUUAAAUUAAUAUAAUCUACUUAGUAAUGUAAAUUAUAUUAGUUAUAUUAAGUAUAAUAUACAUUAUUAUUAAUUUGUUUUUAUUUCUUUCAUUAUUUUUCACACUUAGUUUUACUACUUUAAAGUGAUCAUUCUAGAUAAAGAAUUCCUCAGUUGUCAUUAUUAACAAGAAUAUAUGCAAAAAUAUGUGUGAAAUAUAUUUAAAAAGCAGCGGUCUUAAAAAAAGUACCAUUACAUUUAUUAUAGGAAUAGAUACUAUACUAUAGAAAUACUAAAUUUGCUAAAAAAACUACUUAUACCGUUACGAAUAUGUAUAGUUACGAACUUAUGAAAUAUCGCCGUUACGAAUUUUCAGCGUUACGAAUUUUCGGCGUUACGAAUUGCCCGUUAUCAUUUGUCGAGUUACAAACUGUCGUCUUACGAGAUGUCGUGGAACCGAAUAAAUUAGUGUAAACAUAUAUGUAUUUAUAAAGACUCUGUGGGAGUGUAAAAAUUCUAGUCAGGUUAGAUAAGACCAAAAAUCCGUCCAUGGAUUUUAACACGACUUUGUUUACCGGGCCUUGAAACGAAAUUCUAAAAUAUUAAUAUUAGACCAAAAAUUUCAUAUUUUUCAUAAAUAUAAAAUACUUUUAAAAUAAUUCCACGUCUGCUUGGAAUACCUGAUAUGCCUAAUAUUAGGGAAAGUUGCAAUUUGUAAAUUAUUUGACGAAAAGAAAUUGUAACUCAUUUGCCAGCAAAGCCUGGAAAUGCAAAACAAGUUAAGUUCAACUGUAUGCAAAAAGUAGUUUUUAAAAAAUAUUUUUCUAAAAGCCUAAAAAAUAAUUUAUCAUUUUUUCGUUACAGUCAUGUUGCCAUAUGUUACUCGGAGGUUUCUAUUUCUUAUUUGUAUAAUGUAAUGGCAUUUUAACAUUCUUUCUAUGUGCCCGUACUACUCAAUAUUUAUCUAUUUACUUCUGUAGAUAUUUGGUUUAAAUAUAAACAUUAAGGCAAGAUAUCGUUUGUCUACUUUUGAAUUUCAUAUAUUUUUACUUCUUUCCUUUUUAUUUUAAAUUUUUACUACUUCCAAGGUACUUCUUUAUAAGUCUAGCUCCAUAAGUCUAGCUUAUUCAAAUUUUUCUUCUUGAUACUAUAACUACUUCAUCUGUGAACCCUAGGCAUCGAUGUCUUGUUUGAUACAUAUGUGGCACAUGAUAAAUAAUAGAGAUGAUAAGGAAUCGGCUGCUUGGUGACAAUUCUGCCAUUACUUCAUUUAUUUUGUCUAUGGUACAAAUCUUUCACUUGCUUCAAUUAUUCUUUCUACCUAAAUUCGCAGUUUUUCUACAGUAUUUUCUACCUCUAUUUUCGGUGAAAACAUAGUGCAGCGACAAGAUUAGAGACUAGCUUGAUAAGAUAACAACGCAGAACGGAAUGCAUCAAGAUGCUCCAGAAAUGGAGAAGAACAAAAAAGGGAAAAGUACAUUCACGAUUAAAAGAAGGAAACAGAAAUAGAUUGGACAUACUCUAAGGAACGACCAAAACAAUAUAACCAGAGGGGCACUUGAAUACCAACCAGACGGAAGAAGAAGAAGAGGUAGACCCGAUAUUAGCUGGAGAAGAACUGUAAGAAGAAAUCAUGAAAGAAUUAGCCUGAGAUGGAGAAAGGUCAAAUAGAGAGCAAGAAAUAGAGAGAAAGGGAAAAGAUUUGUGGAGGAAAUUUCGAGAGGAUAAAACAGAAGAGGAUGAGCUGGUUCAUCCAAUCAGCCAUCUUCCAUUUCUGGUUUAGAAACGCAAGAGUGCGCAAUACUCCAUAAGGAGGGAAGGCAGUAGAGAGAAAGCGAAAAAGAGAGAACACAAUGUAUCCAGAAGAAAAAAUUUGGAGCCUAAUUGAAAUAAUUAAAAGCCUUCUAAGAGAUGUUUAAAUAAGGAUCAAUUUAUAGGCAUGUUCGUCCUUCCUAGAAAAAGUUUCUCCAUUUAAAAAUAUACAAAUUUUUUUACACCAGCAAUAAAUAAAUUAUCAAGAAUGUUGUUGGUACAGGGUACGAUCAAGAAUUUGACAACUAACUGAACGUUUCUCUGUAUGACCUGUGACAAAUAAACAUUUAGAUAUAGUUACCAUAUGGGCUUUGUCACUACAGCAUCAUACUGGGUGUUCCACUUUUUAAACCUCAAUUUAAAUAAUAUUGCAGAAAGUUAGACGCAUCGCUACACUAGGUUUUUGUCUUUCGAAAUUACGUUUGUUAUUUUUGAGUAUUUGACAUUAGUAGACAGUUUAGAUGGUAAUGGGGAAACCUUUCUUACAACAAUUUUAACAGUGCUAAAAGUUGAAGGUACAGAGCUAUAAUUUAAUACCUUUUUGAUUACAGAUGAAACAUUUUUCUGCAUUAAAUUACUCUUUAGCAAAUUCCUCAUAAUUUUGGAUUCUGAUAAAAUUGAAUAGUUUGACAGUCGCUGUUUAUUUGAAUAAUUUCUCUUGUUGCCCUUUGUGGUUGGGUUUACCAAUAUUUAUUAUUAAUACUCUGUCAACACAAAAAACAGUCACAGUAUACUCUGACAAAGUAAAAAUCGAGGUGAAAUUUUGUGAAAAAUUAUUACUAAAUUAUUAAAUUGUUAAAUAUUAAAAAAUAUAAUUAUUAAGUCGUCUCCAGACAACAAAAAAAUUGUUCCAUCUUGCAAUAGUACCGUCAACUAUGAUGAAGAAGUGAUGAAAAAGCACAACGUAUUAGAAAACCAUGAGCUAGAAUUUCUUGAAAGCUAUAUUAUAACACCACCUGUAAAAGCCAUCCACCAAAAAGGAAACCACUCUCACCAGACCCACCAUCUCCUCAGUUGACACAAGUAUUUCAGUCUAGGCUGGACCAUCACAGAGGUCAGUAAAACACAGAUAAUUACUGCGCACAACUUCAACAAGUCAAGAUGAUAAUGUUUUUGACCAAAUAUUAAUUCCUGAGGGUAUAGAAAGUGAUUGAUAAUAAUUCAUCAUCCCAAAUUACAUCAGAUUCAGUAAAUCUGCUACUGGAUGUACAGGAUACUACAACAAGUCGGCACUGUUAAACAGCCGAUAUCGCAAGGAAAGCUUCUUUCAUCUGAAAUUUUACCUCAAGGUGAAAAACCCAGAACUUAUUUUUUUCUUAGCCAGGUCACUCAGAAGCUGAUUGCUAAGAAUACAAUAGCAAAAAAGACUGUUCCAAUUGCCAAUAUUGUUUCUAAGUUUCCAGUAGGAACUAGAAAUAAAGUUCAGAUCAUGACGUAUCAUUCCCGUUGGCAUAAUUAAUAAACUUGGAACAGUCCUUUUCACUAUUGUCUUUUUUAGAAUCAUUUCUUGCUUUCUAGUACUAGGCGUACCUCUGACUAAGAAAAAAAUAAGUUCCCGGUUUUGGACCACAAGGUGAAACUUUCGUCGGAAGAAUAUUUCUUUGGUAUAUCGGCUUUUUAGCACUAACAGUUCGUGGUAUCCUGGGUUUGGUUUUAUUUUUUUGUGGUUGGGUAAUUGACUUCAUACGUAUAACGGUAAGGGUAUAUCGAGUAGCAGAUUUAGUGAGGGCCAAUUUCGUUGUAGAUGUUAAUGCACCUGAUUGCAUGCGUGCAUUAGCUGAUGGAUUAUUAUAAAUCACAAUCGGCAUGCUUUCUAUACUUUCUGGCGUUAAUAUUUGGUGUGACCAUGUUAUCGUCAUAUUGAAGGUGUCAAAAACAUUAUCGUCUUAAAUUUUUGAAGUUGUACUGGUAGUUUGCUUGGCUUCUUCAGUAAUGAUCUGUGUUUUACUGUCGGUCUGUGAUUUUCCAGCCAUGACUGAAACUCUUGUUGCAACUGUGGAGAUUGUGUCUCUGAUCAGAAUGGAUUUAUUUUUUGAUACCUACACAAACAAUUGGUUGGAGAAAUACUCCACAUGGUGUUAUAAUCGUUUGUUGUUGAAUCUUUGCCUGACAAGAACGGUUAGCUCUCGAUCUUCUCAUAUGUUUGGAAGCCAUUGGUUGCUGUUCUUUCUCGCUGUGCUUUUUAAUAUUGUGUAUCACAAAUAUCUUACCAUAAUCAACAUCAAUGAUGGUACUAACGGAAGAUGGUCAAAUUUUGUGUUUCCUAGAGCAGAUUUAAUAUUUUUUUCAGACAAAAUAACUGGCUUGGUCUUUGAUUUUUACUUUGUCAGAGUUUCAGUAACUGUUUCUUGUCGAGUAAAUUCGCUUUUUACAUCUAAAAGUCAAACAACUUGCAACUAACAGUCGAAUUGUUGUCUUUUUCGGUAUAAUCUUUCGACGACGAAACAUCAUAUUCAAGGAGGUGGGAAUUUUGUCCAAUGGUUCCAAGUGAUUUGAUAGACUUUCAGGUGUAAAUAGAAAAUGUACUCCACAAGAAACAGAUACUGAAACUGUGACAAAGCAAAAAUCAAAGUACAAGCCAGUUAUCCUGUCUGCAAAAUUAUUAAACCGGCCCCAGAAAACACAAAAUUGUACCAUCUUCCGAUAGUACCGCCAUUGAUGGUGAUUAUGUAAAGACGUUCGUCAUACAUAAUAUUAAGAAGCACAGCAAGAAGGAACAACCACCAGUCGCUUCCAAACAUAUUAGAAGAUCGACAGCUAAACCUUCUUGCCAGGCGAAGAUUUUACAAUAAACGAUUAUGAUACCAUCUGAAGAAGUUCUCCAACCAACUGUUUGUUUAUCAAAAAAGUUAACCCUUCUCAUCAGAGCCACCAUCUCGACAAAUGCUGCAAGAGUUUCAGUCGAUGCUGGACUAUCACAGAUUGUCAGUAAAACACAGAUCAUUACUGGUGGUGCGAAGCCAACUAUCAGUACAGCUUCAACAAGCCAAGAUGGUGGUGAUUUGGAUAAGCUCAAUAUGCCGAUAAUAUUGUCAGACCAAAUAUUAAUUCCAGAGAGUAUAGAAGGAAUGCCUGUUGUGAUGUAUGAUAAUGCAUCAGCUGAUGAACCUACGCAAUUUGGUACAUUGACAUCUAAAACGAAAUUAGCUUUCAGUAAAUCUGCUUCUGUAAAUACCUGUACCCUCAUACAUAAAAAGAAAAUAACCCAACCACAAAAAUUAUAACUAAGCCCAGCAUAUUAUCAACUGCUACUGUUAAACAGCCGAUGUAUCUAGGAAAGGUUCUUCCGGCGAAAAUUUUACCUAACGAUGCAAAUCUGGAACUUAUUUUUUUCUUAACCAAGGAACCGCCUAGUAUUACGAAGCAAGAAUUGAUUCAAAAGAAGCCAAUAGUGAAAAGGGCUGUUCCAAUUGCCAAUAUUGUACCUCCAACUUCUCGCACUGUUAAAACUGUUGUAAGAAAGGUUUCUCCAUCUACGUUUGUUGUAUUUUGAUACAUUUUUCUGUACCUGUAAGUGCAAUUGGUCUAUAAUUACAAUGAGAAGUUUUACUUUUACUGAAAUAUUUUCAAAACACUAUAAAAAAAUUCAACUUUCCUUAAUUGUGAAUUAAACAAAGUAUGCUUACCUAACAGAUUUUUCAUCUAUUAGACGAUAGAGACAACCGCUACAUUCAUAAACUCUGUGUGUAUGUUGGAAUAAAAUAUUGUUCUCUCUCAAGUGUGGCCCUUUUGCAAACCUAAUUACAAGGUUUGCCUGUGUAGCCAAAGUAAGCCAAAGCCGUGUGAAUUUCUUGCAGACAUAAUUACAACUUUUUUCUCUGAUUAUAAAUUUUCAGAAGUGAGUGUGUAGCUAAAGCAGUUGUGAGUGGUCAUAAAUCGACAUAAAAAUCCAAAAGCCUCCAUUUUGAUGUAAAACCACAAAACCAAAGAGUUGACAGUAUUUUCUGGAGAACUGGUAGUCACAAAUGUGUAAGAUGCACAUAAACAUAAUAUCACGGAUACUAUAAAACAUAAAGUCAAUGUAAAUUUUUCAUUCAGUCUUCAUGGAAGAGAUUUUUGAUUCAGAAGUGAAAGAAUAUAAUAAUCUUCUGUGUGAGUCUGCAUCUGUCCAAACUCACAUCUGUUAGUCUCUCAAGGAUUUGUUCCUGGCAUAAAAGAUGUUAUAUUUAUAGAGGAUGCUUUAGUCUCUCAAGGAUUUGUUCCUGGCAUAAAAGAUGUUAUAUUUAUAGAGGAUGCUUUAGUGAUAUACUUUUUGGCCUAUAUUUUCACUGUUUUGAUUUUCAUGUGCCUUUCUACAUAUAGAUUAUCGUGAAGUCUAUACCAAAGACCAUUAUUGUAUUCUAAUGGUAGAUUUUUAAUGAUUAAUGGUAUUCUUAAAACGGAAUACCUAACUCAAUGUUAGAAAUAUUGCAGACUAUAUCUUUUGGAAAAAUAUUUUAACACAUAACGCAUUAAGGUUAGAAAAUAUAUGUACUUAUCUUUAGUCAAUAUAUUUAAAUAUAUUCUUAUAAUAAGUUAUUUUUAAAUAUUAGUUCAAUAGUUUUUACUGUAAAAACCUAUUUGUUAUUCUUUAUUCUUUACUUAAAUAUUUUCUACUAAGAAUAAGAUAUCAUAAUAUAACCAAGUUAAUUAAAUAUUUCAAAAAUA